CCCCUCUCCACCACUUCUCUCCGACUUCGCCUCUCUCUCCUCUUCUCUCCCUCUCUCCCCUUUCUCCCCAUGUUAUCGAUUACCUUUUAAUUUCUUUUGUAUAUUAUCCUUCCCUUUGGACGCUGUGGGUCUUCCUGUGUCAACCCAGCCUUUCUCAAUGAUCGGAUAUGGCGUUCAACUUCAACUGGUCGCCACUGAUGGCGGACGCGAGUUUCUAUACUCGCGCUCAAGAUCUCUUAACUGCCGCUUUGAAUAAAUCGCCGAAACCCCCGAUCAUCGUCGACGAUAUCAUCGUAACCGAGCUGAACUUGGGUUCCAUCCCGCCAGAUCUGGAAAUAUUAGAGAUUGGUGAUUUGGCGGAGGAUCGAUUUCGAGGCAUCUUCAAGAUGUCCUACACUGGCGAUGCCUUCCUGACUCUGAAAACGCGCGUUCAGGCAAACCCUCUCAAUACCUAUCUUCUCACACGACCCUCUUUUGCGUCGCCGCUACCGUUGGCUGCAGCAACUCCCCUCACAAUUCCCCUUCAAAUUACACUAUCCGAUUUUAAGUUGUCCGGCUUUGUGAUUCUCGUCUUCUCGAAACAGAAAGGAAUUACCGUGGUUUUUCGAAAUGAUCCGCUUGAAUCGCUCAAAGUUUCAUCUACGUUUGAUUCUAUCCCGUUCGUCCGCGACUUCUUGCAAAGGGAAAUCGAGGCUCAACUGCGUAUCUUGUUCAUGGACGAACUGCCCGCCAUCAUCCAUCGACUAUCUCUGCGACUGUGGGUUCCUGAGUACAGGGCGGGCGAGGACAUACCAGCUCAGCCGGAGCAAACGGCGGGUGAAGGUCCUGGUCAAGAUCCGCUGGCAAGCCCUCCUCAGGAUCCAGUAGACUCAUUGGGCAAUGCUUUGGAUGAAUCGGAAAUCGCGUCCCUCUCAUUGGAUUCCUCCGUCGAAGCGCAUUCCCUGUUUUCACAGAAGAACCUCCUCCGGCUGGCUGCACUUACGGAUUCUCAACGAACGCUAUCUCUUUUCACUCCCUCCAUCCAGGAAGUAGUUUAUCGGGCAUGGACUUCGCCUUCUGAACAAGGGGACCCGAACGGCAAUGCUACGUCUCCGUUGAGCCCCAUGCUCUCCAGGACCCAUUCUCAGGUUGGCAGCAUGUCGUCCUUCCAGGAUAGCGCCAGCAUCGUGUCGUCCCAGAGUCGAUCGUCAGCUUCGACACAUACGUUUAGUGGCUACGGUUUGAACUUGGGAGCUGGUCGCCAUUCGAAAGCACAUUCAAGGAAGCGCAAGAAGCGCGUGGUGGAUCUACGACGUCCGAAGGCUGCGGAUGAUACGGCGAGUGUGAGCGACGAAAGUGCAUACACAGAGACGGCUAGCAACCCCUCCGUAUGCUCGGCACCCCUGCCCGUGGUCAACGAACAGCCUGACCCCAUCACGCCACCCUUGUCUCCGGAAAGCGAUUUCCGCCUUCCUGCAAUUCCCGAACGGCGUCGCGCCAGUCUGUCGCGGCCCGUACCUCGUCGCGAUAUCGCCACAGAGAUGCUCCGCGAAACCGGAGGGCCGUCUGCGGAGCCUCUUCGAUACCGCCCUGAAUCCGGAGAUGUGGAUGCGACACCCCGAGGCAGUAUCCGCGCUCACGUUACCGCCCGACGUGACAAUGAGAAACAGGAGACUGGUCCCUCACGCCAGCUGCCUUCGACCAUCCUUCCAUUCACCGAGGAGAAGUCCAGCCCCAGCACCGUUGAUCAAGCCCUGGUUGAGCGGCUAGCAGGAGAAAUUGCUCGUCGCAUGCGGGACGAGAAACUGAUGCCCACCAGCUCUUGUGGUGGUGCGUUCUGGGGCCGUCCUGACCAUGAAGAAUAUCCCCCACCAGCCUAUGGCCAGUGAGCCAUAUACACUCAAGCGCUUCUUGAUUGCAUUCAAGAGUUCCUCACAUUCAUUCCACUUUCCUUUGUUCCCCAGCGAGUCUGGCGGUAUUAAUGACUGAUACGAUAUAACUUUUAAUUUGGCAGCCUGACUUGUACUUUUUGUCUUUUUUUUAUAUAUUGUCUUUGUUUUACUCUCUUUGGAGCGAGUUUAGAUAGUUUGUUUGUACCAAAAGUGCUGGCGUUCCUGUUAUUUUUGUGAGUUACCUAUCUGCUUGUCUGUGCAGGAUACCACUUCGCUCUUUCUG